AUGGUUUCCUCAUCAAAAAUCCUCUCUUUACUUCUCUUAUACGUCGUCGUUUCAUUAGCCUCCGGUGAUAACAACAACAACCAUCUCAAACUUCCAUCAAACCGUUGGUGGAGAACCGAUGAAGAAGUGAGGUCCAUCUACUUACAAUGGACCGCGGAACACGGGAAAACUAACAACAACAAUAACGGUAUUAUCAACGAACAUGACAAAAGAUUCAAUAUUUUCAAAGACAACUUAAGAUUCAUUGAUCUACACAACGAAGACAACAAGAACGCUACUUACAAGCUUGGUCUUACCAAAUUCGCUGAUCUCACUAACGAUGAGUACCGGAGUUUAUACCUCGGGGCUAGAACCGAGCCAGCUCGCCGCGUCGCUAAGGCCAAAAAUGUUAACCCCAUUAAAUAUUCAGCCACCGUGAAUGACGUGGAGGUAAUUCCGGAGACUGUUGAUUGGAGAAAGAAAGGAGCCGUUAAUCCCAUUAAAGAUCAAGGAACUUGCGGAAGUUGUUGGGCGUUUUCGACAACUGCAGCAGUAGAAGGUAUAAACAAGAUCGUAACAGGAGAACUCAUAUCUUUGUCGGAACAAGAACUCGUCGACUGCGACAACUCCUACAAUCAAGGUUGUAACGGAGGUUUAAUGGACUACGCUUUCCAAUUCAUCAUGAAAAAGGGCGGCUUAAACACCGAGAAAGAUUAUCCUUACCGUGGAUCCAACGGAAAAUGCAGUUCUUUCUUGAAGAAUUCGAGAGUUGUGAGUAUUGAUGGGUACGAAGAUGUUCCUACGAAAGACGAAACCGCGUUGAAGAAAGCAGUUUCAUAUCAGCCUGUGAGUGUUGCCAUUGAAGCCGGUGGAAGAGUUUUCCAACAUUACCAAUCGGGAAUUUUUACCGGAAAAUGCGGUACGAAUAUGGAUCACGCGGUGGUGGCGGUCGGGUACGGGUCAGAGAACGGCGUUGAUUAUUGGAUUGUACGAAACUCUUGGGGUCCACGUUGGGGUGAGGAUGGUUACAUUAGGAUGGAAAGAAACUUGGCGGCUCGGUCCGGUAAGUGUGGAAUUGCGAUUGAAGCUUCGUACCCGGUUAAGUAUAGCCCAAACCCGGUUCGUGGAAUCAACAAUGUUUGA